GAACAAGUGAAAUCGAAAGUAAAUCUCAAGAGACGUCGUCAUAGAAUCUGGUGUUUUGUCAAGAAGUUUCGGACGUUUUAUCGGGAUGGAUUUCCCUCAAGAGGGUGAGGAUGCUGUUGGUGGAAAUCAGACAGGCAGAGCAGCAUGUGCUGUGUCCAGCCACGUGUCCAUGAAGAAUGAGGAGCCCGUCACUGAUGGGCAUCAGAGGGUCAGCACAGGAAGAGUGAUGUCUUAUCCAAGACCACAGACACACAGACCAGUGUCUCCAGUGCCCAGCUGUGUGUCCAUGAAGAGUGACUGGUCCAUGGGGCACCCUUACAAUUUCAGUAGUGGACCGCCACAAUCUGAUCAAAAACCCCAGACACAAAGACCAGUGUCUCCAGUGCCCAGCUGUGUGUCCAUGAGGAGUGACCGGUCCAUGGGACACCCUUACAAUUUCAGUAGUGGAACACCACAGUCUGAUCAAAAACCCCAGACACAAAGACCAGUGUCUCCAGUGCCCAGCUGUGUGUCCAUGAAGAGUGACUGCUCCAUGGGACACCCUUACAAUUUCAGCAGUGGACCAUCACGGUCUGAUCAAAAACCCCAGACACAAAGACCAGUGUCUCCAGUGCCCAGCUGUGUGUCCAUGAAGAGUGACUGCUCCAUGGGACACCCUUACAAUUUCAGUAGUGGACCACCACGGUCUGAUCAAAAGGAUAUACUGGCCCAGGAUCAGUCCCGGUGUGGAUUGUGUGAGCAGCUACUGAGGGACCCGGUCAUCACCAGCUGUGGACACAGUUUCUGCAGGCAGUGCAUCAUCAGCUACUGGAGCCAGUCUGGUCCAUCAGGAGACUACAGCUGCCCCCAGUGCAGAAAGAGACCCAGAACACAACCCUGUCUAAACCCUAUGACUCAACCACUGUACCCGUCUACAGACAUGGCACAAUCUUACCUAAACCCACCAACAGACAUGACACUGCCCUCGUCAUAUCAACACAGUGAAAUGGCACAACCACCUGUAUAUCCAACUACGUCCAUGGCACAGCCUCACCUAAACCCACCAACAGCCAUGGCACAGCCUCACCUAAACCCACCAACAGCCAUGGCACAGCCUCACCUGUACCCACCUAUAGCCAUGGCACAGCCUCACCUAUACCCACCUACAGCCAUGGCACAGCCUCACCUAUACCCACCUACAGCCAUGGCACAGCGUCACUUAUACCCACCUAUAGCCAUGGCACAGCGUCACUUAUACCCAUCUGCAGCCAUGGCACAACCUCACCUAUACCAACCUACAGCCAUGGAACCGCCUUCAUCAUACCAACACAGUGAAAUGGCACUUCAUCUGAACCCAUCUGCAAACAUGGCACAAGUUCCUCCAUCCCCACACACAGACACGGGGCAGAGUCCUCAGUACUCAAACUCAGCCAUGGGGCAGCAUAAUCAUACACACAUCCAGCACCCUCUUUAUCCACACAUCCACACGGCACAGAUCUCUCCACAGCACACAGAUGAGCACACAGUCAUGACAGGCAGCACCCAUCUGCAAACUGAGCAUGCUCCAGUCAAAAGGGCCAAACGAACAGAUGACGAUGUCCUCACCAGAGUACUGAUGACCCAUAAAGCCAUCAUGAAGAGGAGGUUUGAGAGCAUAUGUGAAGGCAUCAUAAGGUCAGGGACUCAAACACUCCUGAACAAGAUUUACACAGAGCUCUACAUCACAGAGGGAGAGAGUGAAGGGGUGAAUAAUGAGCAUGAGGUUUGGCAGGUCGAGUCAGCAUCCAGGCCACAAACUACACAGGACACAGCAAUCAACUGUAAUGACAUCUUCAAGCCCUUACCUGGACAGGAGAGACAUAUCAAAACUGUCAUGACCAAGGGGAUUGCUGGCAUUGGAAAAACCGUCUCAGUCCAGAAGUUCAUCCUUGACUGGGCAGAGGAGAGAGCUAACCAGGGUGUAGAUUUCAUGUUUGUGCUUCCGUUCCGUGAGCUGAAUUUGGUUAAGCAUGAUCAGUACAGUCUUCACAGGCUCCUGCUUGACUUCCACCCUGAGCUAAGAGAGCUACAGGAUGCUGAAUACAAAGACUGCCACAUUGUGUUCAUCUUUGAUGGUCUGGAUGAGAGUCGACUUCCACUGAGUUUCCAAGGGAACCAGACAUUGUCUGAUGUGACACAAGCAUCAUCAGUGGAUGUGCUGAUGACAAGCCUCAUUCAGGGAACUCUACUUCCCUCUGCUCUCCUCUGGGUAACCUCCCGACCAGCAGCAGCCAGUCAGAUCCCUUCUCAGUGCAUCAGUCUGGUCACAGAAGUACGAGGGUUCAAUGACCCACAGAAGGAAGAGUACUUCAGGAAGAGGAUCAGUGACCAGAAUCAAGCCAACAGAAUCAUCUCACACAUUACAGCAACCAGGAGUCUCCACAUCAUGUGCCACAUGCCAGUCUUCUGUUGGAUCUCAGCCACUGUCCUUCAGCAGCUACUGGAACAGGAUGAUGGGAAAGAAGCCCCCAAAACACUGACUGAAAUGUUCAUACACUUCCUGCUCAUCCAGACCACCAGGAAGAACCAGAAGUAUCAAGAGGAAAGUGAGACAGAUAGACAGAGGCUCCUGGAAUCACACAAGGGUGUCAUAUUGAAACUCGCAGAGCUGGCUUUCAAGCAUCUGGAGAAUGGCAAUCUCAUGUUCUAUGAGGAAGACCUGAGAGAGUGUGGGAUCGAUGUCAGUGAAGCCUCAGUGUACUCUGGCAUGUGCACUGAGAUCUUCAGGGAAGAGUGUGUGUUUCAUCACAAGAAAGUCUACUGCUUUGUCCAUCUGAGCAUUCAGGAGUUUCUUGCUGCACUUCAUUUGUUUGCCUCCUACUUGAGUAAGAACAUGGAGGUCCUGGAGCCAUUACUUAGCAGGAAGUCCAAGUCUUUGCCAGAUGUGCCUCUCGAUGAGCUGCUGAAGAAUGCUGUGAACAAAGCUUUGGAAAGCAAGAAUGGACACCUUGAUUUGUUUGUUCGCUUCCUUCAUGGCAUUUCUCUGGUGUCAAAUCAGAGACUUUUGCUUGGCCUCCUGGCACACACACACAGCAGCCCAGAGAGUGUGAAGAAAACAAUCAAGAACCUGAAGGUGAUGCAGAGACCAAAUAUCUCCCCCGAGAGGUGCAUCAAUCUGUUCCACUGCCUGGUGGAAAUGCAUGACUCUUCUGUUCAUGAUGAAAUCCAGGCUUUCCUGAAGGCAGAGAAAGGUGCCGUGAAACAGCUCACACUGGCUCACUGCUCAGCCUUGGCUCAUGUGCUUCUGAUGUCUGAUGAGGUGCUGGAUGAGUUUGACCUGAGCAAAUACAAAACCUCUCCAGAAGGUCGCAGGAGACUGGUUCCAGCCGUGAGAUGCUGCAGAAAGGCUCUACUUGCUGGCUGUAAAUUAACAGAGAAGUCCUGUGAGAUUGUGGCUUCAGCACUGCAGUCUGCAAACUCCCCUUUAAGAGAGCUGGACCUGAGUCAGAAUGACCUGCAGAAGUCAGGAGAAAAGUUGGUCUCUGCUCUUCUGAGUCCAAACUGCAAACUGGAGACACUGAGACUUGUUUACUGUAAACUGAAAGGCGGAUUUUUGGCUUUGGCUCACAAGGGGGCAAACCCCCACCUAAGAGAGCUGGACAUCAACAACGCUGAACUUCAGGGCAGUGGAGGAGAACUGCUCCAUCAACCACUGAAUCAAGACUGCACAGUGAGACUUAACAGGUGCAAUCUCAAACACAGCUCCUUUGAGGCUGUGGCCUCAAUUCUGUCAUUUAAUUCUCAACUGAGUGAGUUGGAUAUAAGUGACUGUGAUCUGCAAACGUCAGAAGAGAAGCAGCUCUCUGGUCUUAGAAGCCCAAACUGCCGACUGGAGAAACUGAGACUGGUUCACUGUAAGAUAAAAGGAAGAUUUUUGGCCUUGAUUCUUCAGUGGGCAAACUCCAACCUAAGAGAGCUGGACAUCAGUGACAGUGAGAUUCAGGACUGUGGAGAAGAACUGCUUCAUCAACCACUGAAUCAAGACUGUAAAGUGAGACUCAUCAGCUGUAGACUCAAACACUCCUCUGAGGUUGUGGUCUCAGUUCUGCAGUCAUAUAUUUCUCAACUGAGUGAGUUGGACAUGAGUGGCUGUGAUCUGCAAACAUCAGAAGAGAAGCUGCUCUCUGGUCUUAUAGAUCCAAACUGCCACUUGGAGAAAUUGAAACUGGUUGGCUGUAAAUUGAAAGGGGGAUUUUUGGCCUUGACUCUUCAGUGGGCAAACUCCCACCUAAGAGAGCUGGACAUCAGUGACAGUGAGAUUCAGGACUGUGAAGGUGAACUGCUGCAUCAACCACUGACUCAAGACUGUAAAGUGAGACUCAUCAGCUGUAGACUCAAACACAGCUCCUCUGAGGUUGUGGUCUCAGUUCUGCAGUCAUAUAUCUCUCAACUGAGUGAGUUGGACAUGAGUGGCUGUGAUCUGCAAACAUCAGAAGAGAAGCUGCUCUCUGGUCUUAUAAACCCAAACUGCCAGCUGGAGAAACUGAGACUUGUUGGCUGUAAACUGAGAGGAAGGUUUUUGGCCUUGACUCUUCAGUGGGCAAACUCCCACCUAAGAGAGCUGGACAUCAGUGACAGUGAGCUUCAGGACUGUGGAGGAGAACUGCUCCAUCAACCACUGAAUCACGUCUGUAAAGUCAGACUCAUCAGCCGUAGACUCAAAGACAGCUCCCGUGAGGUUGUGGUCUCAGUUCUUUCAUAUAUUUCUCAACUGAGUGAGUUGGACAUGAGUGACUGUGAUCUGCAAACAUCAACAGAGAAGCUGCUCUCUGGUCUUAGAAACUCAAACUGCCACCUGGAGAAACUGAGACUUGCUGGUUGUAAGCUAACAGAGGAAUCCUGUAAGGCUGUAGCCUCUGCUUUGCAGUCCUCCAUCUCCCUAAAGGAACUGGACCUGAGUCACAAUGACCUGAAGGAGUCUGGAGUUCAGCUUCUCUCUACAGGACUCAGUAGCCCUCACUGUAAACUGCAGACUUUAAGACUUGCUGUUUGUAAGCUAACAGAGGAAUCCUGUAAGGCUGUAGCCUCUGCUUUGCAGUCCUCCAUCUCCCUAAAGGAACUGGACCUGAGUCACAAUGACCUGAAGGAGUCUGGAGUUCAGCUUUUCUCUAGAGGACUCAGUAGCCCUCACUGUAAACUGACAUCUUUAAGAGCCACCAUAGAGUCCAUCUUGCACUAUGGCAUCACCAGCUGGUUUGGACAUCUGACAGUUAAGGUCAAGGCCCAACCAGGUAAUGUGGUCAAAACAGCUGGACAAAUGAUGGAGUCCCUGCUCCCCUCACUCUCCAAGACAUAUCUGAGCAGUCCACUCUACAGCAGGCUGACAGAAUUCUAUCUGACCCCUCCCAUGUGCUGUACCAAGAAUAUGAGCUCAUGA